ACUUCAAGACUACGAAAGCUCUUUCCAGUUUCAAAAAUGCUUUUGACCACCACAAAUCAUGGCAAGCAUUCUGUAUAUUUUUCUUUGGAACCUGUGAUGAGCUUAUUCUUCCAUAUGUGAGACAAUGCAUAAACCAUGAGAAAACUCCAUCUCUUCAAGAGUUUUAUCAAUUCUUGAAGGACGCCUCCAAUCCUAAUUUCAUUUUUAUGAAAGAUAUUGUAUUCACAUAUUGCCUUUCCCUUGUUUUCUUUCGGGCUGGAACAAGGCGGAAUAACUCAUCUGUAAUGCUUGCUGGUAGAACAAAAUUUGCUAAUUUAUUCUAUGGUCUAAACAUGACUCAUUAUCAGGAAAUUGAAUUCAAAGACCUUCGUAUGAGAGUAUUAGCUCCUGAGGACAUAAAACAAUUUAUAACGAACAACGAAUCUUUCUCUGCUUCGGGUCAUACAAGUAAAGGCGAGGGAGGGGACUUUCUUUUAGAAGCCUAUAAUAGGAAAACUAAGUGCUGGAUGCCACCAGGAAUUCCUGAUGAAAGCAGAUGGCUCAGAUCAGUAAGAAAUGUUGACACAUUAGACAAGAUGAGGAAAACCUUUAUCGGAGCACAAAACUGUGGGGAAGACUCAACCUAUGAAAUCCCUCUUCACACAGAAAUUUUAAAAUGGCGACAAUACUUGAGAAAUUCUAAUUACCUCAACCCAGCUACAGUUUGUCGGCACACCUCUCUGAAUGGGGUUGAGUUAGAUGAGGAUCUCAUUAACUUUGCAGCGCAUUGUAAAGCAAAUCGAGAGUCUUAUCAUAACAAAAUUGCACAAGGACAAAUGCCAGGAGACGAGGUCGAUUCUGGAGAAUCAGCAGCAGAGGAUUAA